AACCUAUUGCAUUUUAUUCCGAGCUUUCAUUCAGGAGGAGCAGGAUCUACUGCUUGUUUACCACAUUGAGGUUUUUUUAUUGAAUAAUACAAAGAGCAAACAUAACUGUAUUGUUAUGAAUAUUUUUCACAAUCCUUGGGCAUAUCCUAGCCUAACGCUGAAUGUGAAUUCCAUGUGGUUGACUUGAAUGCUACUCACUGGACCAAAAAGUGGGACCUGUGUUCUGCUGUUGAAGCAAAUGUCAUCACGUAUUUUCCUGCAGACUGAUCAUGUUCCUUCUUCUGCUGGUCUCAGGCCUCUGCACCCUCUUAUUUGCCCUUCCCCAUCCAUAUCAUUUUGUGAAUGAGCCAAUGACUUGGACUGAGGCUCAAACACACUGCCAAACGUACUACAUAGACCUGGCCACUGUUUAUGAUGUGGACGACAUGGGCAGUCUUAUGCAGUCAGUGGACGGAAGCUAUAAUGACUCCGCUUGGAUCGGCCUCUAUGAUGACACCCUAAAAAGCUGGAGGUGGUCUUUGGAAAAUGAAAGCUACUACAAAGAGGGGGAGAGAUACUUUAGGCAAUGGUGGGAUAAACCUGAUAACUAUGGUGGCAAUGAGCUGUGUGCUGUGAUGGUAUUUGACAAUAAAUGGCAUGAUGCUCCAUGUGAUUAUACCUUUCCUGUCAUCUGCUAUGAUGGAAGAGAAAACAUCAAUGAGACAUAUGUUCUGAUCCCACAGUUCAUGAACUGGACUUUUGGCCAGCAGUAUUGCAGAGAGCACCACACAGAUUUGGUCAGCAUCCGAAACAAGGCAGAGUACCAAAACAUCAUUGAUUUGUUGGAUUCAGGCAUCGCCUGGCUGGGCCUGCACAGAACUAGAAGCUGGUCGGACCAGACUAACUCCACCUUUAGGAACUGGAGAGAAGGAGAGCCGGAUAACGGGCGGCAGACCGUGGAGGAGGGGCAUCAGCACUGCACGGCUGUAUCUUUCAAUGCCUCUGGGAAAUGGACAGACGAAAAUUGCACCAGAUCUCUUCCUUUCAUCUGUUAUGGAGGUGAGCAGUCAUUAGAUCCAGUCAUCUUUAAUAAAACCACCAAGAUACCAACUCCAGUGUCUAUCACCACCACAGCUAGCACAACUGUCUUUGGACCUCGGGGUUCUACUGGAGUAAUGCCUAAUUUUGGUAACUCGCUCAGUUUUGCCAACACACUUCCCAACUCCGUCAGCAUGGUACCAGAUUCCACUUUGGACUCAGUAUCAGAUUUGACGUCUAAGGCUACUGACAGUUCUGCCAUCAACAUUACAUCUGCUGCCAGCACCAGAAUUAGUUCUGACACUCAAAGUCCUAUGGAAACUACUCUCAUUACUACCCAUGGCACAACCCAUGAAGAUAUGGCUGGCACUACUACUGGUACCAGGGCUGUCACCAGCCCUGAUACCACUCUCAGUCGCUCUCCCACAACCCCUGAAGAUAUGGUUGGCACUACUAAUGUUACUAGCACCAUUGCUGUCACUAGCUACAGUGCCACUCUCAGUGGCUCUCUCAAUAGUCUCACCAUAACUCAAGCUAGUACCUUGACUCCACUGAAUACCACUGACUCCCCAUUUGUAGUUGCUACUGGCUCUUUAUCAUACUCCACUACAGGGUCCAUCUCUACAUCCAUACAAACACAUGGACCUCCCUUCAACCAAUCAACCAGCACAGGCUUCACCACAACACGUACCCCCACACUUCCUGCUGUCCCUGCCUCUACAUCUAACUUAACAACUACAGCACCAGGUAUCAUCCCCACCACUGACUCAUUCCCUUCACUUCCACCAAACCAAACAUUAAAUUACACACUUACACCAAUGCUCAAAGCCACCUCCAACCAAACCUCUAGCCCAGCUUCCACACACGUUACCAGCUCUUACUUUACUCCCCCAUCCACCUCCUCAAUUACUCCAUCCCCUACAAACAUCUCUCUUAUAGCCACUACUGUUAUAAACCAGACAUCCAAACAUAACCCCACAAAUCCUGACAUGACCCUUACCCCAACACCUGAUCUUGCUGUUGUUUCAGCUUCAACUAUGCUUUCUAGUCAGAUUUCAACCCCAACAUCCACCCUAAAUCCUAGUUUCACUUCCAUCCCAGUCUCUACAGUCUCCACUCCUCUAGCUGAAGCUUCAACCACUCUAUCUACCACAGAUUACAUAUCUGUAUCCACCCCUGACACUAACCAAACUAGCAGUAAUACUCUUGCCGUUACAUCAAAUCUGACCACUAAGCUAACGUCCACCCCAGUAUAUAGUCAAACUGAUAUUUUGCAAUUUCCUCCCACACCAACAUCAAAAACUUUUACUGGUGCAUUAACCCCAAAUAUGAGCUCUGGUCCUAAUGCAACUGUCAACUAUAUUUCCACAAAUAAGACCCCACCAAUUCUCACAACCUCACAAUUGCUGCCCCAAGCCACCACUACAGGCAAAAUGAUUACCCCUGGUUCUAUUGGGUCUACUUCAGUAUCCUAUGGUUCUAGUCUUUCACCAAGUUCUGCUGCAAGUCCUAGAGCUCUAAGCACCUUCAGUACAGUAUCAGGACCUAUUGAACCCACUUUGGUUACAGUUACAGGUGUGACAUCACAGGCUACUGACAGAUUUACCUCCAGUAUUCCACUUACUGCCAGAGUUGGCGACACCUUUGGCAUGAGUGUCACCCCCCGUCCUCCAACUGACAAUUCCCCCAUUCCUACCCAUGGCACAACGUUUGGAGAUAUGGUUGGCACCAGUCCUGCUACCAGUGCCGACAGUAGCUCUGGCACCACUCUCAUUGCCUCUUCUAGUACUCUUGGCAUCACUCAACGUGAUGCUCUUGGAACUUACACAGGCACCACUUCUGUGACACUCAAUGGGGCCUCAUCAGACAGCACUGGCUCCAACUAUAGUUCCAUCCAAACUCAUGGACCUCCAUCCACUGGCUUUAUCACCUCAAAACCAACAGCUACACCAGCAGACUCUACACCAGCACAAUCUACCCAUAUGGAAUUCUCACUUAAAUCAAACGCAACAUCCUCUUUCACCAAGAACACAUACAUCACUAGCGACUCAUCUACUGUUCUAUCCACUCCAAUCUCCAGCCCAACCUCUCAACCAACCUCCAGCAGACCCAACUCAACGGCUGACCAAACAUCCAGCUCAGACUACAGCUCUUUUAACACCAACCCCAAAUCAUCCCUCUACUCAAACACCAACCCAAGAACCCGUGGAAGUAGUCAUGUGAUUGGACUGAGUGCAACACUUAUCUCAGAGAGGGAGCUGACACAGUCUGAAAUGGAACAACUGGCCAUUGAACAGUUUGGGGAGAGGUUCAGAAGACUGGGGCUUUCAAGUAACAUCACACUGCAAUACAUUCAGGGAAUACAUCCCUGAAAGAUGAUGAGAGAGAGAGAGAGAAAUCCCAGACUAUCAUCAUCCAUAUCCAAAUAUCAAACAGAUAUUGAUGGCAGUAUGUAAAAUAUUCCUUUGGUAUCACUUAAUCAAAAAAAAAAAAAUAAUGACGUAGACAUUGUUGAUGUAUGUGUAUGGACAAUGAUAUCACCAUGAUUAAACAAUGCAACUUAUUCAUCAAAUAAAGGCUUGUGAAUUGUGGAUGCUGUUGUGCAGCACAUUUUAUUUUAUGGUACAAUAACAUUUAAAAACUUGAGACUUUCUAAUCAGGAGACAGCACUCAACCUCCCUUACGUAUU